UAAUAUAUAUAAUUCACAAUACCAUAACAGGAUAUGUAGGUUGGAACAAAUACUGACAUAUAAAAUCCUAUUUGGCUGCCUGUUUUUUAUCGCAUUGACAUUUGUGAUGUUAAUUGUUGAUGUGAACUACAAAGUCUUAAUAAUAAAAACGUACGUUUGGAAUAUUGUGCAGACGUAAAAUCUGUAAAGGCAUAUUAUUGUUUACGAAUGGUAGAAAGGACUGGUACAAGAAGAAAUGGAUUUGUCAUUGUCUGCUGUUCCAACUCUUAUUGAAGAAGCAACAAAAGAGAUGUUGGAGAAAAUAGAUGAGGACAUAAAAGAUCUUGAAUCAAGGCUACAAAAAUCGUCCCAAAAUGAACGACGUGCUUCUAUUCUGCUAUCAACUGGGUCUUUGUGUUUGAUGGCUGUUAUCCUAUACAAAUUGUAUUCGCCAGAAGAAUGCCAUUUGUUGCCAGAUAAAUGGGAUUCCUUUUUUGAUCGUUUUUUUAGUCGUCAUGGUUCGCCAAGACAACGCUGUGAAGAAAAGUUGCAAAUGAGAUUGUUUGAAUUGGUUCUUUUAGGUUUCUUAGGUUUCAUUCUUUUGGAAUAUAUUCUUAAAUUAGGUCCGAUUUCUUUCGUCUUUGAUAAUCUCAGAUCUACGUAUACCAAGAAACUAGGAAACAAACACAAGGAAAGAAUAGAAAUUUUAAAAAAUAUAAUGAUGACACACAAAGCAACUCCAGAAUUAUUACAAAAGUUUGAUCCAGCGCAAACGCCUGUGAAGCCUCCUGCUACUUCGGAAUCAUUCACCGAAAAUGACGAUUCGAGGAAGAUCCUGGACAAGAGAAGUGAGGAAAACAAAGAACUUACGAUAUUGCCACCUGAUUCGAUGCUUUCAUCUAACGAGCGCUACCCUCCACAUUGGCCGUCCACUCUCCUUUCAUUUGAGCAUGUUUUGAUAGAAGUUAAUCCCGAAAAGGGAAGAAUGAUUGAAACAAAAUUUAAGGAAACUAUGACAGAAAAAGUUGUUGCCAUCCAAGAGAUAUGCAAUAAAGAAAUUUUCGAUAAGUAUGAAUGCCAAAAAAGAUUGAUGAAGGAAAGAACUUCUAAUCUUAAUGAAAUGCAACUAUGGCAUGGUACAAAGCAUUCGGCCGUUAAUCAUAUCGUCUGUCAAAACUUUGACUGGAGAUUAUGCAAAAAGGGAGCUUAUGGUGAAGGAUCGUAUUUUGCUAAACAAGCAAGCUACAGUGAUUCAUACGUUGAUGUCAACAAUAAAAACGAAAGUUCCAUGUUUUUGGUUGAUGUAUUGGUAGGUGAUUAUUGCACGGGCUCAUCUUCUUAUAAAAGACCGCCAGAAAAGGAAAGGCAUCGCCUCUAUGACAGUUGUGUCGACAAUAUGAGCAAUCCAACGAUAUAUGUUGUAUUUGAGCGAGACCAGUUCUACCCAAGAUACUUGGUAACAUAUAAAAGAAAUUCUUGGUUCCGUUUUUUAUAUUAGUUUUUAUAUACUUCGAUGUUGAGAAUCGCAAUAAGUUACGAAAUUUUCUUUGAACGAAACAUACCUUUAAUAGCAGAUGCAUUUUGUUCAAAAUGGUUGCCUUGCAGCGAUUAAAUAUUUUAGUUUUUACUACAGUUUUUAAAAGCACGCCCUUCUCUUUAAAUGUGAAAUGCAUAUUUUUAUUUAUUUGUUUUUUAAUUUUUCAUUUAAGUUUGCGUUCUAUUUCUGCUUCUUUUAAAGAUGCUAUACUUCUUGUGCGGUGUGAUUGCUUAAUCCAGCCUUCUUUAGCCGACUGAGUUGACUAAUGUAAAAAUGACAGUGAAUUCGUUGCUUUCUUGGUUAAAGGAUAGAUACAAAAGCCGAGGGUAAUUGGCUGACUUUCUCGCAUUUUGCAGAAAAAAAAUUUUAAUCGAAACGUUAUUUUGCAUAUAAUUUUGACAAAAUAAAUCCUUGUUGUCUAGUUUUUUGUUUAGUUAAAUUCUUUAAUACCCUUUAGUUAUAAUUUUUUAUGACAUUUUGCGUGUUAUUAUACCUAGCCACUCAGCUAUGAGAAUCUUCCCACUGCAGUUUUUUCGGGCAGAAAUGUAACGCAUGAAUUUUUAUGCUAGUAGUUUAAAGUUGUUUUUGUGACAGUGGCUAGUUGUGUGUAAUCAUAAUUUGCACAAUAUAAAUUUUUAAAUUAUGUAAUUGUAAAUUGCACAUUGUUUAAUUAUAUAAUACUACUUUAUACUAUAAACCUA